CGGGGCUCGUUCGAGCUUGUUCGAGAGCAAAUAUUUCCAUGUUUGACUGAUUUGUACGAUUGCAUUUAGUAUAAAAUUACCUAGGUAUAUAAUCAUUAUUUAAUUCAUUUUUAAUUUCUUAUUCCAAUAAGUACAAAGUCAAAGUUGAAAAACAGACUCCGAUUUACUCCGAUCCAUUUAACCCAGUGAAGGGUCUUAGCGAAACUUUUUUUUUUUUUUUCUCAUACAAGUAUUUAAUCAUCCGACUGUCGCAUCAUAUCGCAAAACUCGUCACUAUUUUAAACACUCAAUCCUCGGGAAUAAAAUUAGUCGCAUAACAUCUAAGAACGCUCAAGAAACAAAAAGAAGCGAAAAUGAGCAACCAAGCCCUCGCAGAAGUGAUACUAACCUCACUCCCCAAGCUCGCGACAGGCAAAGUGCGCGAUCUCUACGACGUCGACGACAACACCCUGCUCUUCGUAACAUCGGACCGCAUCUCCGCCUACGAUGUUAUUAUGAAGAACGGAAUCCCGCAUAAAGGCGAGAUCCUGACCUUACUCUCCGCACACUGGUUCAAUGAACUACCGAAACGGGUACCGGGGCUACGCACCCAUUUCUUGGCUACGGAUGUACCGUCCAACGUUACAAUCGAAGAGGCUAGGGUGAUUCGGAAUCGCAGUAUGCAGGUUCGGAAAUUAAAGGUUUUCCCGCUGGAGGCGAUUGUUCGGGGGUAUGUUACGGGGGGUGCUUGGAAGGAGUAUAAAGACCAGGGCACGGUGCAUGGUAUGCGGCUCCCGCCGGGGUUGAAGCAGUGCGAUGCGGUACCCGGUGGUCCGAUUUAUACUCCUAGCACUAAAGCGCCGGCUGGUCAACAUGAUGAGAAUAUAAGUAAAGAAGAAGCUGCGAAGAUUGUGGGUGAUAGGUACGCGAAGCGGAUCGAGGAAUUGGCGUUGAAGAUCUUUAUCGCGGGACAGGAGUACGCUACGGAACGAGGGAUUAUUAUCGCGGAUACGAAGUUCGAGUUUGGCCUUGAUGAGGUCACGGAUGAGGUUGUGCUUGUGGAUGAGGUGUUGACCCCGGAUUCGUCGCGGAUGUGGCCGAAGGAUAGGUAUGAACCCGGGAGGGACCAGGAGAGUUUUGAUAAGCAGUUUUUGAGGAACUGGUUGACGGAGAAUGGGCUGCAGGGGAAGGAGGGUGUUGAGGUUCCGCAGGACGUGUUGGAGGCGACUAGUAAGAGGUACCUGGAGGUGUUCCAGAGAUUGACGGGGAAGAGCCUGGAGGAGACUACUCUCGGCUAGGGAUGAGAUGAGAUGGCUGGGCAAAUGAAAAGGGGAUAGAUAUUGAUAUAUAGGCGAUCAUUUGCCGACAAAAUGAAGAAACCCGAUUUGAUAAUUAAUG